GACAGCAGUUGGGGUUAGGAACUGACUCAGUUUCGCUUCAAACGAAAACCACAUUAGAUUUUGGUUGGUAGUUUCACAGAAGUCUAAUACAGUUACAGAUUGUCAAUACUUAGUACUCUAUACGGUUCACAGCCUAAAUUGAUUUCAUUUUAUUGGCAAUGGCCGGAUCAGCAUUAAGACGUCUUAUGGCAGAAUAUCAGCUUACUCUCAAUCCCCCGGAAGGUAUUAUAGCAGGACCUAUCAGCGAGGAAAAUUUUUUUGAGUGGGAAGCCCUUAUCACUGGCCCUGAAGGAACUUGUUUCGAAGGUGGUGUCUUUACAGCAAAAUUAAUUUUUCCUCCCGAUUACCCGUUGAGCCCGCCAAAGAUGCGAUUCACUUGUGAAAUGUUCCACCCUAAUAUAUUCACUGAUGGAAGAGUGUGCAUUUCAAUAUUACAUGCACCAGGUGAUGAUCCUCUUGGUUAUGAACUGUCAGCUGAACGUUGGAGUCCAGUACAGAGUGUAGAGAAGAUUUUAUUAAGCGUUGUUAGCAUGCUAGCUGAACCUAAUGACGAAUCUGGAGCAAAUGUUGAUGCAGCAAUAAUGUGGCGUGAAAAUAGAGAAGAAUUCAACAAAAUAGCCAAACGUAUUGUAAGGAAAACCUUAGGGUUACAUUCAUAAAAUAAACAGAUUUUUUUUUCUUCAUCUUGAGGAAAACAGAGUGA